AUGCAGGCGAGGUGGGAGAAUGGGACAUCGUCUAUUCUCGGCCGCAAGAUCUCCCUUUGGAUGAAGGAGAAUACGGGGAUCAGCAUGGGCAAGUCCUUCUUUGACAAAGAUCCCUCCUGGACCCGGUACGAAGUCUGGGGCGCCACCAAGCAGGACCCGAACCUCCCCACCGUGGCCGAAGUCUAUGUCUCGGUGAAGCACCGGGCUAUUCUCGCCAACCGGCUGUUCCGCGACAACAAUGACCUCUACAAAAACGGUUUAGAGCUCAAGGACAGACUGCCCAUGGCGGAGUGGCUCUUCCAGUCGUGGAAGAAAGCCGUUGCGGAGGGCAAGGCCGACUACGGCGUUGAUGUUAAACUGAGCGAUCUCAAGUUUAUCGUCGGCACAGACGUGGGAAAUGACGAGGCUAAGGCAAUCGUUAGGAAGGCGCAGCAGGAAGUCGGCGGCAACAACGUCAGAUUCACUGUCAGAGCUUCGGAUGGGCAGCCAUUCGAGGCCCUCGCUGCCUCGAGUAGCGGCAAGUCCAAGUACUACAUGCUGGCCGAUCAUAACGGUCCAUCCGAGCUGAACAAGCUGGUGCCUCAGAGGGCAGAAAUCUCACUGGAGGACGAGGGCGGUACGCCUGCUAUUGCUUGGAUUCUUGGGCGCGAUUGA